CCCAAACCUCGAGCCGAUAGAUCCAGUGACCAGCUGGCAGGAUGGGGACUGCAGCAGUGUCUCCUGCAGCCAGAGUGUCUUGCUGUGUUUCGGGGUUCACCACUGCAGGCUGAAGUCAUCAAAAAGAGACUGAAAUCCUAGAGAGGGACAACUUGCAAAAAAGCAGAGCUCUCCACUACUGUAGAUGGGGCGCUGGAUAUGCUGCCUUUGCUCCAGAGUUGCAGAUCCAUUGAUGCUGCUCCUGGUUUUGGCUCUGGGCUGUAACCCUUCCACAGCAGCAAAAGCUUCUCCGUCUGUGCCCCACGUCAAACCCAGCUACAGUUUUGGCCGGACUUUCCUGGGACUUGAUAAAUGCAACGCCUGCAUUGGGACAUCCAUAUGCAAGAAGUUCUUUAAAGAGGAGAUAAGGUUUGACACCUGGCUUUCUUCUCAUUUAAAGCUGCCCCCCAGCUCCCUGCUCAGCUACUCGGGCAACUACACCGACGAUGCCAAGAGCUGGCGGCUGGUGGACAUCACCCGGCUGACCUCCAAGUACCAGCAUGACCGGGCGGACAAGCGCAUCUGCACCUCCCUGCUCAAGACCAAGACCUGCAGCCUGGAGCGCGCCCUGCGCCGCACCCAGCGCUUCCAGAAGUGGCUGCGGGCCAAACGCCUGACGCCCGACCUGGUCCAGGGCCUGUCUAGCCCGAUGCUGCGCUGCCCAUCCCAGCGCCUCCUGGACAGGAUCGUGCGGCGCUACGCGGAGGUGCCAGACGCCGGCAGCAUCUACAUGGAUCACCUUACGGACCGGGACAAGCUGCGCCUGCUGUACACCCUGGCAGUGAACUCACACCCCAUCCUCUUACAGAUCUUCCCUGAUGUGGAGGGCUGGCCCUUCCCGCGGUACCUGGGCUCCUGUGGGCGCCUGCUGGUCAGCGCCAGCACCCGGCCCCUGCGCGACUUCUUCGGCGCGGCCCCCGAGGUGGCCGCAGACCUGGCCCUGCAGCUCCUGGCUGUGCUGCGCUCCAUGGCCACCAACGACCUCAACUACUUCUUCUACUUCACCCACGUGGACGCUGGCACCUUCGGCGUGUUCAGCAACGGGCAUCUGUUCAUCCGGGAUGCCAGCACCAUGGGCAUCAUCGACAAGGAGGAAGGGAGCCAGCUGAUCGAUGGCCAGCAGGAGUACAGAGAUAUAUUCAGCUGCCUGACUGCGGACUGCCAGUCCUCAUUCAUGCCCUGUGACUCCAUCAGGGAGAAGCACAGCCUCGUCUUGGUGUGUCAAGGUCUUCUGCAGAAGCUCCUGGCAGGGAAAUUCCAGCCCCCCGUGCAGGAGAGGAUCGACGCCUUCCUGCAGCGCUGUGCCCACGGCCUGGGCGACGGCCGCGGUGCCAGCGAGGCCAUGGCGGAGCUGGCAGAGAUCCUGAAACCUCUGCGGUCCUGCGACUCCCGCUUCGCCUACCGCUACCCUGACUGCAGAUACAGCGACAAAUACUGACACAGGAGCGGUCCCCAGCAAGGGCUGGGGCACUGACAGCCCCCUGACACUGUGGGCAGUGAGAAGGAAGCAGGGUGGCUGGAAAGAGCUGCCCUAAAUCCGGGGCGUGUGGAAGGAGGGAACAGAGAGCAUGUGGGGUUUAUUUAUCUCCCAAAGAUGCAUUUUUUACAUGGGAUAUAGACAUGAUGUAUGGUUUGUGGAUUGUUAACGUUGUCAUGACUGACAAGGGGCCACAGGACUAAUAAAUCUCAUUCACAUGUUUUGGCCUUGGAA